GAAAUCCCGAAAAUGGAACGACGUCUUUAUGCAAAGAGAUUAAUACAACUAAAACAAGGAAAUGGAACAUUCAUGUACUAAAACAAGGAUGCAAGUUUCUCGUUGAGAGCUCCCACUGAUCUUCUCAUCCCCUAAUUAGCUUCUUUUAUUUAUUUAUUUUCUUUCCCGUUUAUUUAGGAUAAUCUCUCGAAUCGAUCUCCUAAUACAAAGGGUCUGAUUCAAAUUCGAUUCUGGGUUUGGAAGUUUCUUUUGUUUCACUCUACAGGUACGAAAGUUUAUUCCUUUCCCUUUCUUAAAUAUCUCCUCCUCUUCCUCCUCAAUUUCUUCAAUCUGAAAGUGAUAAAAUGUUCGAAUUGUAGAGGAAGAAACAAGUUUUUGUUUCUUUUGAAAACGAUUGGCUGAUGACGUCAUCGGUCAUUGUUGGAGAGGAUGAAGAGGAUCAAUUCACAAAACCACUUGGAAGAUUAUCUGUCUUCUUCUAUGGAGUUGGGCAUAUGCUCAAUGACAUUACUGCUUCUUGUUGGUUCACUUACCUCCUCUUAUUCUUGACCCAAAUCGGUCUCUCUCCGAGAGAUGCUGCAAUUGUCAUGCUCUCUGGUCAAGUUGCUGAUGGCUUUGCUACAAUCUUCAUUGGUGAACUGAUUGAUAGAUUUGGGCAUUUCAAAAUUUGGCACGCUGCAGGAUCACUAUUAGUGGCUAUCUCAUUUUCCUCGGUUUUUGGUGGUUGUUUGCCUUGUUCAAUCCUCCAUAAUAACUCUUUAAUGGUCGAAACAUUUUCGUACAGCAUGUUCGCAGCUAUCUUCAAUAUUGGAUGGGCCGCUACUCAGGUCUCCCACAUGGCUAUGGUCAAUUGCAUUACACUGAAUUCAACAAGCAGAGUAGCACUAACAAGCUCCCGUAACGCGUUUAGCAUGGUUGCUAAUUUAGGCUUGUACGCGAUUGCUUUAGUUGUAUUUGGUGUUAGCAAAGCCGAUACAAAAGAAAAUACCGAAAUACAGUAUCGUUGGAUUGCUUAUUCAUGCAUUACCGUCGGCUGCUUGUUUGUAGUCAUAUUUCUUAUGGGGACAAAGGAACCACGGCUGCGGAUAAAUCUAAGAGAAACUAGCCGAGCAAGAAUACCAUGGGCUUACUGGUUCCGUAAAAUUCUUUAUUAUCAAGUCGCAAUGGUUUAUCUCCUCACCCGACUAGUUUUGAAUGUUUCACAGGCAUAUCUUGCAUUCUUUGUUAUUGAUGACCUUCAAAUGGCUCAAUCUGCUAAAGCUCUUAUUCCUGCAAUAAUCUACAUCUGCAGCUUCAUUGUAUCAGUUAUGCUUCAGGAGAUUCCUUGGAAUGGAAAACGACUCAAGGCAUAUUAUUGUGCUGGUGGUUUUAUUUGGAUAUUCUGCGGUGUGUCUGUUAUGUUAUUGCCAAGAGGCAUAAACUCUUUCAUGUACGCGAUCUCUGUCUUUAUCGGCAUUGCAAAUGCAUUGAUUCUGGUGACAGCAAUUAGUAUGCAGAGCGUGUUAAUUGGUUCGGAACUUGGUGGAUGUGCUUUCGUCUGUGGAUCUUUGAGCUUCUUAGACAAAAUGUCAUGUGGGCUUGCUUUAUAUGUUCUUCAAUCACAUCAAAGCGGCACAUCACCACAAGUCGAUGUAAACAUGGAGCAAAGUUUCUACUUUUCAGUGACAAGAUAUGGGUUAGGACUUGUACCAGCUGUAUGCUCUUUUAUCGGAGUCGUAGUCACUUAUUUUAUGGAACUCGAUAGCACAAUACGAAAGCCUCUGUGUCAACCAUUGCUACUUGAAUGAUCAGAAAGGAAGACCUGCAACAUUUCUGGUCUGGUAAAACACAUGACACAAACUGUUUUAUCAGUUGAUCUGUUUCAGUCCUCUAAUUUUUUUUUAUGUUCACAUUGAUAAGUAUAGAACACUUGAGAAAGCAUUUGUAACAGAACUGCUGAAAGUUUGAAAAUAUUAAUGUAAUUUGAUUUUUCUUGGUU